AUGAUUUUCCCGAGACGCGAGGAACUACCACCUUCGAAGACGACAGACUUCACCUUUCACGACGAAUGGAUCGAGACAUCUUGGGGUUUUGAACCAGCCCUCGGACAAGUCUCGUUCAUCGAGAACGUACUCGAGACUACUAUUAUCAUUGGCAUGUAUCCGAAGACCAUGUAUUCCCGAAGGACUAUCACCAUCCAGAUCCCAGUAUACUUGAUAAUCUCCAGUUUCAUUUCUGGAGUGAUUGAUCGUUUUGGAUUGCUAACAUCCCCCUUAGCCCGACCUGGGCUAUCACAUGUCUCUGCCAUGGGAGGAGAGUCUUUCUUUCAUGAUACUCCCAAGCCUCUUCUAGACUUAGAGACGUCCUUAGGUUUCUCCCUGGCGUUCACAUGUGAUAAAUUUACCGUAGACAAGCUCUCUUACAUUUCCACGACACGUGUUCCAUCCUUGGAGUUAGAUGUGGGUAAGGGAGAAGACGAUGAUACUAACAACCCCUCUGAGCGAUCCCCGAAUCUUUAG